GCGUUCCGUCCAGUCCAGUUAUUCUGAUUCAGAGAAAUAGUUUUGCAGAAGUAAUUUACUUUGGAAGAUAACUUAUUUCAUUAUUAUUUUACGCGUAAAUUGUUAUUAAUACUAUUUAUUUAAAGUUGCGUCGCAUCAUUUUUACAUUUUGCUUUGUUUUCUCUUAUUUGAUUUGUGUGUGUGUGCAAAAAAAUUUCUGCUUAGUGAAAAAUCGAAGUUUGUUUCGCGUCUGCUUCAAAAACAUAAAAUAUUUCAAAUAAGAGCAUUCUAUGAAUCUUAUAAACACAUCCAAGUGAACGUAAAAUCAAUAAAAUAGAUAGAAAAAAUAAAAAAAACUGAAAUAAUUUUUUAACUAAAUUAAAAUUGGGCGUUGUAAAACUACGGAAGUUGAAUAUACAGAGCCGUACAAUUUUCUUUUGGUAAAUAACCACAAAGUUGAAAUCUGUAUAAAAAAAAUAAAAAACGAUAUAAAUACUAAAUACGGAACAAAAUAAGCUUAUAUUGGAAAAGAGCUCUUUUUGUGACAUUGAGGCUAGCUAAAGUUUAGACGAGAAGAAAACAUGGCUGAAGAUACGGAAUAUAAAAAAUUACCAGUUGAUGAGAGAUGUGUUCAUAAGCUAUGGAAGGCACGUGUAGAUGGAUAUGAAGAAGCAGCGAAAAUCUUUCGAGAGAUUGAUGAUGAAAAGUCUCCAGAAUGGAUGAAAUUCUUGGGCCUGAUUAAGAAGAUGGUGGUAGAUUCGAAUGCCAUGGCACAGGAAAAAGGGCUUGAGGCAGCAUUGAUUUUCGUUGAAAAUUGUGGUCAUGCUGGUAAGACCGUAGGAGAUGUCAUGACAGGCAUUGUCCAAAAAUGCAUUGCUGCUCCUAAAACUAAAACCAAAGAGCUAUCGGUUCAAGUAACGCUGAUGUAUAUUGAAAUUGAAAAACACGAAGCCGUUCUCGAAGAGCUAAUCAAAGGUAUGGAACAUAAAAAUCCGAAAAUAGUAGCAGCAUGUGUUGCGGCUACAACACUAGCUUUAAAAGAGUUCGGCAGUAAAGUCAUUAAUGUGAAGCCGCUUAUUAAAAAACUGGCGCCACUAAUGAGUGAGCGUGAUAAAGCUGUACGCGAUGAAGGGAAACAGUUGGCAAUUGAACUUUACAGAUGGAUUGGACCUGCUAUGAAACAACAGCUUUCGUCACUUCCUCAAGUAACUGUUAAAGAGCUCGAAGAUGAAUUUGAUAAGCUGAAGGGAGAAAAGGCCGAGCCAUCAAGAUACUUAAAAUCACAACAAGAGAAACAACAACAAAUGUCAGCUGCAGCUGCUGAUAAUGAAGACGGUGGAAAUGAAGAUGACGUUGACGCUGUUGGGGAGGAAAUUGAUCCUAUAGAUCUUCUUGAUCCUGUAGAUAUUCUUUCAAAAAUGCCAAAAGAUUUCUAUGAAAAACUCGAAGAAAAAAAGUGGACUUUACGAAAGGAAUCAUUGGAAGCUUUAGAGAAGCUCUUAACAGAAAAUCCGAAACUCGAAAGUGGAGAUUAUGGGCCAGUGGUUAGUGCCUUAAAGAAGGUAACAACUAAGGACACCAAUGUAGUAUUGGUUGCUAUGGCGGUUAAAUGUCUCGCGAUGUUGGCUAAAGGUUUAGGAAAACGUUUCUCUCCAUAUGCCAUGGCGUGCGUUCCAUCAUUGUUGGAGAAAUUUAAGGAAAAAAAGGCCAAUGUUGUGUCAGCAUUAAGGGAUGCAAUGGAUGCGAUUUAUCCAUCUACAAACUUAGAAGCGAUGCAAGAACAAAUAGUCGAGUCCUUGGCUAAUAAAAAUCCAAGUGUAAAAUCAGAAACAGCAUCGUUUUUAGCAAGAGCAUUUGCACGCACUCAACCAGCAUCAAUAAAUAAAAAAUUGUUAAAACUCUUAGUAACUACUUUAAUAAAAACUUUAAACGAACCAGAUCCUACAGUUAGAGAUAGUUCGGCCGAUGCUAUUGGCACCCUUAUGAAAUUGAUGGGAGAAAAACAAGUUGGGCCUUUUCUGGUUGACGUCGAUGCUUUAAAAAUGGCAAAAAUCAAAGAGUGCCAAGAGAAAGCUGAGAUUAAAGUUAAAAUUGCGGGAGCAAAAAAGGAGAGACCAGUUACAGCUCCAACUAGUAAACCAGCAGCGGCUGCGCCAGCAAAGGCUGGUUCUAGUGAACCAAAACCAGUAUCUCGACCUGCCACAGCAGGUGUUAAAAAAGUUGCUGUUAAAAAGACGACUCCAGCUGCUAGCGGUGGAGGUUCUGGAGCUCCACUGUCUAAAAGUGGUAGUGCUACAAAAGUCUUAGCCACGGAACGCGAAAUGACACCUGAAGAGGUGCAGGGAAAAGCAGAAGAGAUAAUUGCAGCAAAUAUACUUACUGGCUUGGGAGAUUCGAAUUGGAAAAACCGUUUGGCUGCUGUUGAGAAUUUUCAGCAACAGAUUGCUGAUUUUGACUCUAAAAUGCCUGGAAUUUCACAAGUUUUAGUUAAGACAGUUAGUGGUCGUAAACCCGGUCUAAAGGAAAUGAACUUCCAAGUUUUGAAAAUAAAGUUGGACAUAAUACGGACAAUUGCUGAAACGUACCCUAUAUCGACCACAACAAUUGAUGUGGUUGUAAAUGAAAUAACGGAAAAACUUGCUGAUGUUAAAAAUGGAAGUACUGCCGGCGAUGUUUUGACAGCCUUUGCAGAAGCAACUAAAUUGGAUUAUAUUGUAGGAAAAGUGUUUUCAUUUGCUUUUGAACAGAAAUCGCCCAAAGUACAAUCGGAAGCUUUGAACUGGGUAAAUAAAGCCAUAUUAGAAUUUGGUUUUCAAAUUCAACCUAAACUUCUAAUUGAAGAUGUGCGAAAAGCAGUUCAAAGCACCAAUCCUGUUGUUCGGGUAGCAGCUAUAGGUCUAGUCGGAACAAUGUCGAUGUAUAUGGGAAACGCUUUAAUGAUGUUCUUUGACAACGAAAAGCCAGCCCUAAAGUCACAAAUACAAGCAGAAUUUGAUAAGAAUGUCGGUGAAAAGCCUCCUAAACCAACAAGAGGUGUUAAAAAAUCAUCUACUUCAUCGAAAUCUGCAGACGGCGCUGGUGACGCUGACGCCGACGCAGGAGAUGAUGCAGAUGAACAGGAACCAGUGAACUUAGCGGAUAUGUUACCAAGGGUUGACAUUUCCAGUCAAAUAACUGAAUCUUUGUUAAAGGAGAUGUCUGAUAAAGAUUGGAAAGCCAGAAAUGAAGGUCUCAACAAGCUACAAUCUAUAAUAAAUGAAGCAAAACUAAUAAAACCUACAAUUGGGGAUUUGGCACCAGCUUUAGCGUUGCGGUUGGUAGAUUCAAAUGCAAAAAUUGCCCAAACAACUAUGUCCAUUUGUGAACAAUUAGCAAAUGCAAUGGGACCAGGAUGUAAGAAUCACGUACGAGUGCUAUUUCCUGGGUUCUUGCAUGCUUUGGGUGACAGCAAGAGCUUUGUUAGGGCUGCAGCUUUAAAUUGCAUCAAUAGUUUUGGCGAAAAAGGUGGAUAUAAAGAAUUUUUUGAAAAUGAAAUGAUUGCCGAUGCACUAAAGUCAGGUUCGCCCGCUUUGAAAUCCGAACUAUGGGCAUGGUUGGCAGAAAGAUUGCCUCAAAUGCCACCUAAAAGUAUUUCGAAAGAGGAAUUAACUUCAAUGAUUCCACUUUUGUACGCCCAUAUAUGUGAUCGCAAUGCGGAUGUACGCAAAAACUCAAAUGAAGCUGUUUUAGGAAUAAUGAUUCAUUUGGGUUUCGAAGCCAUGGUAAAGGCUUUAGACAAGCAGAAACCAGCUUCAAAGAAGGAUAUACAAGCUGCAUUAGACAAAGCUCGUCCAAAUCUUCCGAUAAAACCUUUGCCAAAAGGAAAACAGCAGGCGCCCAUUUUGGAGGAACCUAAAAAGUCAGUAAGGGGUGGUGGUGCCGGUGGUGGUUCAGCAAUUCAAAAGCCCGGUGCUGCCAAGAGUACAGGUGGUGCGAGAAUGGCUAAUACAUCCUCAUCCCGUAAAAAAGAAGAGGACGUAGAUACAUCACCUUUGUUAGCUGUUAACAAUACAAAAAAUCAAAGAUUAAUAGAUGAACAAAAAAUGCGAGUGUUAAAGUGGACUUUCACCACACCUAGAGAAGAAUUCAUUGAUUUACUUCGAGAGCAGAUGACCACAGCCAAUGUCAACAAGGGCCUAAUGGCCAAUAUGUUUCACGAUGAUUUUAGAUAUCACUUAAAAGUGAUAGAAUCGUUGAUGGAAGAUUUGCCACAAAAUCCGAAAGCUUUAAUAUGUAAUUUGGAUUUGAUUUUAAAGUGGCUUUCGUUGCGUUUCUACGAUACUAACCCUUCUGUUUUAAUUAAGGGUUUAGAAUAUUUACAACAGGUGUUUCUAACUUUGGUCGAACAUGAAUACAUUUUAGCGGAGAAUGAAGGUAGUGCAUUUAUACCUCAUUUAUUACUGAAGUUAGGAGAUCCCAAAGACGCUGUACGCAAUGGAGUCCGCUCUCUGCUUCGACAAAUUCUUUUAGUUUAUCCCUAUACUAAAGUUUUUGUUUAUGUCAUGGAAGGAUUAAAGUCUAAAAAUGCCCGUCAGCGCACUGAAUGUUUGGAUGAGUUGGGUUAUUUGAUUGAAACUUACGGACUAACUGUCUGUCAGCCAUCACAGCAGGUGGCCCUAAAGGAAAUUGCUCGUCAUAUUUCAGAUCGUGAUAAUAGUGUACGAAAUGCUGCUCUUAAUUGCGUAGUACAAGCUUAUUUCAUUGCUGGAGAUAAAAUCUACAAACUUAUUGGUCAACUCAAUGAUAAAGAUCUGUCUAUGUUAGAUGAGCGCAUCAAACGCGCCAAAAAACCACAGAGAAAACCGGCUGAAACUAAUAAUACAAGCGCGAAAUCAUCAGGACAGAUUUUACAUCAAGACAGCAUUGAAAUAGAUGAACCAUCAACAAACGGAUGCGAUGAAUUACCAUUGCCUGAAGAACACGAUCAGAGUUCUGAAUAUGAAACAAAUGAAGCUAAUAACUCCACUAUGGCUGAAAAAGAUGUGCGCGCUACAUCGCUAAUAAGACAAGCGACAUUUGAUCAACCGUCAGCAGCUCCCGUAAUUAAUAUUAUGCCGCAACAUGUACAGCCCCCAAAAACUACGGGGCCUUUUGGUUUAGAUCCAAACAAAAUUGCUGAAAUCGAAAAGGAUUGGGUACGUGUUGAUCAAUUGGAACGUGUUGAAGUCCCUAGAGUUGAUAUUUCUCUACUCUUUGAACCAAUCAAAGUCAUUGCAACAAAGGAUGGUGUUAAGUAUCCCCAAGAAAAAUUUGAACAAUUACUUUCGCGAUCACGUUACAUGCAACAAACGCAUACAACACCACCUCCGCCAUCUGCAGCAGGUGGAAUGGUUGGCAAUAAUGUAUCUCCAUAUAUGAGUCCCCAACAACAACAGCAGCAAUUUAAUGCCGCUCUCUAUCAGCAAACAAUGGGUAUCAAUUCGCCAAAUUUGGCUGAUGUUUUGCCUAAACAUGACCCUCAUUUAAUAAAAAUAAUAAAGGGUAUAAGCAGUACAGACACCCUGAAGGCCAGAGCAGCCAUAAAUGAGCUUAACGAAAUAAUUCAGUCCCCUGAGAAACAAGCCGUUUUAAAGGAUUAUGAGGAGAUUUUCAUUCAAAACGUGCUGGCACAGUUAAAGAAUCUCUCACAGAUACCUAUUACUGAAUCGCUUGUCGUAUAUCAACCAUUGUUAUCUAUUCUCUACUCAUUUUUCUAUUCGAAAAUGUUGGGUAAAACAAUGAGCGUUGCCUGCAUUAAAAAUUUAAUGUCGGCUUUACUACAUCUCUUGGCGGAUCAGAAACUUAAUACCAGUGAUGAUGGUCAAUAUAAUAAAGUAAUAAAUGGAAUUUGUUUAAAAGUAUUGGAUAAAUCCAAUUUUACAAACAUGAAUUGCGCUUUAAUUCGUUUGCUGCGAGAAACAUGUCCUGAGGCUGGAUUACCGAAGUUCACAGACCUUCUAAUGAAAUGCAUAUGGCGCAAUGUCAAAACAUUACCUGAACGGAGUAAUGAAUUAAACUAUGAUGCAGUAAUACUUGAAGUCCACGAAUUUAUGUUGGCAUUACCAAGUUCCUGGUGGCAAACGCGACCUUCGGACACUCCUUUGAGAACUGUGAAAACAAUUAUACACAACAUGGCAAAGGUUAAAGGAAAUGCCAUAUUGCAACAUUUAAAUCAAAUUCCUACACAUUCAGAACUUCAUGCCUAUUUGAUCAAAAUUUUAAAGAACUUGCAAAAGGAGGGUAAUUUGCCGAGUUCCUCUCCACAACGUUCGGCAUCUUCGAGAGAUCUGCAAUCUAAGCAGCGUAUUUCAAAUCAGGCUCACGAAACCAUGUCCCAAAUAUUUAAAUUAAUUUCUGAUAAGGAUACAAAGCAGCAAGGAUUGCAAAAUUUAUAUGAAUUUAAGACGAAAAAUCCUGAAAUUGAUGUUUCGGCUUUUCUAAAAGGAGCUAGCCCUAGCUUCCAAAAAUAUAUUGAGGAAGGAUUGGCUGAAAUUCAACGUACAGUUUCAACUACAGGAGAGGGAAAUCAAUCCCAGACUAAUUUACCAACACAAUUGAGUGAUAAUCGUUUAGUUGCACGAUCUUCAUACCUAACAGAUGCAAAUUAUCAGAAUCAACAUGCUUCCGCAAUUGGGGAAAAUGCUGGUGUAAAGCCUGAUCCAGAUUUUUGGAUGGAUCGAUUAAAUCAGUUAAGAGCUAAAGCAAAUUUAGCUCCUCAUCGAAGUGCUGAUGGCAGUCUCUUAACCAACUCACAUUUAAUGAUGAUGGACAACAAAGUCAUGGAUGAAAACCUUAGUUUAAAUACAAUGAAUGCCCAAAAAGUGUCUUUAAUAAGGAGAGAUAAACCAGAAAUGUCUCCAAAUCGUCUGCAACAUAUACAAGCGAAGUUGGCCCAGAUAAAAAAGGAAAGUCAUACUUAGAUCUACUUUCAUAUAAUCGCUUAAAGGUGUCUUAAUUUUGACACAGAAAAUCGAUUUUUUUAAUUCAUCUUAUCCAUAAAAUCCUCCAAACUUUUGCUUCUUAGUUACCUAUCCGCAUUUCUCCUUGUUAAACGCUGCUUUAAAUUAUAACAUUUUACGAUACCCUUUGGGAAGGUAUUAAAAAUAAAAUCAAAGCCGCUUGCUUAAUGAUUUUUUUUAACUAUUUAGUAUUUGUAUCAGUAAACUGAGCCAUUAGAAGCUGAAAAACUCAUGUUUAUAUGGUACUUUCCUAAAAGAGUCUAGAAAUGUUUUGAUGUAAAGCCACAUAAAGUUGCACCGACCCUUAGCUAUAUAUCACCGAUCCAUCUAAUUAACAAUCAGUAAGAUAUUGUGCGAGUAUAAACAAUGGGAUAGAUAAACGAAUUUUAAAGGAUUACUGACUGAAGCAAUAUCGAUAAAUAUUUAAUUGCUUAAAAAUAAUUAAAAACAGAAGCAGAAAUACAAUUUAAUAUAAACACUCAAUACGUAUAAAAAUAAUGUAUACUCAAAUUCAAUAAGAAAAAAAAGAAAACAAACCUAUUCUUAUAACCCACUUGUUGGGACUAAAAAUGCAAUUAACAGAAAUAAUUAAUGCAUAAUUACAAAUACUUAUUAAAAAAUACGAUUUUAAACUUAAUUGAACUAAACAGUCUCUGCGAGAAAUCAUCAACAAAUAAAAUUAACAUUAUUUUCUUACUCAUUUUAAACAUUAAGGGCCUUAUGCAAAAACGAUUAUUAAAGUUAACAAUGGUUUACUACACACUUUUUCCAUAUAAAAACAGGUUUUAAUAACCGUUGUUAACUUAAUAAUCGUUUUUGCAUAAGGCGGUAAAAAUGUAGUUGAGAAAUUAUUAUUUAUCAACCCUAUUCUUUACAAAAGUAAUUCAAGCAAUUAUUGCGGAUAUUGAAAAUGGGUAUUACUAGCCUAAGUUUGGUUUCUUAUUAUUAUAUUCUUUUCAUCUAUUCGUUAAUUCUUAAAAAAACUAAUCUUCAUUUUGUAUUGAAAAAUAUUGUUAUACACAUACAUUUUUAUAUUAUUAGUUUUAAUAAAAAAUCUUAGUAUUAAGUCAUGGACUUUUUCUCUUUUGUUUUUUGUUAUUUCAAACACUAUUUUGCAUUGUUUUUUUUUUCUAAAGAGAUUAUAAAUACUCGAAUAUAACAUUGUUUUUUACUCGAUUCUUCAUUUUUCUGUGUUUGUUAUAGUUUUCGCUCAAUUUAAUAAGUUUUGUUUUCAUUGAUUUUCCACAAUUUUUUUUAUAAUUUUUUUUAGCUUGUAGUACUCCAACUUUUUUUAGAUGUAAGUUAACGUAUUUUAUUUUUUACUUUUUUAAUUUAUGAAUCAAUAAUGAAUCAUUCUCUCUAACCUAAUAAAAAUUUCCUAAAAAUAUAAUCAAAUAAACUUAUAUACCAUUAUUAAA